GAAGUUAAAAUACAUCAGGGGUAAAACCGAGAAUUUGAAGGCAAAAAACUAAAUUAUUUUCAUAAUUUGUUCCUUACGUUAUUUCAUUUCAUUUCUCCUCCAAAUCUCUGUCUCUAUCUCUCUCACUUCUCUCGCCGUCAGAAAGAUUUCUCUCUAAUGGAAGAAGACCAACCACGGACACAGCCACCGCCGUCGCCGCCGUCGAGAAGCUACACAUUAACGGCAUCGUCAAUCUCCUACGCGAAAUCCACGGCCGCUGCCACCGUGUCGUCGUACAGCUGGUUCAAAUCCUGCACCGCGGCCGAACCCACCUACAUUAUCCGUGACAUCUCAUUCACAGCCCACCCUUCUCAAAUCCUCGCCAUCGUUGGCCCAAGUGGCGCCGGAAAAUCAACUCUCCUAGACAUUCUCGCAGCCCGAACCUCGCCAACACACGGCGUCCUCCUCCUCAACUCCGCCCCUCUCAACCCUUCUACCUUCCGUAAACUCUCCGCUUACGUCCCACAGCACGACGCCUGUCUACCUCUCUUAACCGUCUCCGAGACCUUCGCCUUUGCCGCCCGCCUCCUCCUCCCAGAAAAAUCCCAAAUUCUCGCCACCGUCAACUCCCUUCUGGCAGACCUCAACCUCACCCACGUCGCCAACACCCGCCUCAUCUCUGGCCUGUCAGGCGGAGAACGGCGGCGAGUCUCAAUCGGCCUCAGCCUCCUCCACGAUCCAGCCAUUCUACUCCUGGACGAACCCACCUCCGGCCUCGACAGCGCAUCAGCCUUCAACGUGAUCUCAACGCUUAAAUCCAUCUGCGUAUCGCGAAAUCGGACGGUGGUGCUUUCAAUUCACCAGCCAAGUUAUCGAAUUUUGUCGGCUAUCGAUGAGAUUCUCUUACUUUGUGAAGGGUCCGUGAUUCACCACGGGACUGUUUCGAGCCUCGAGAGCUUUUUGGUUUCCAAGGAAUUUUGUAUUCCUCCACAGCUUAAUCCUUUGGAAUUUGCUAUGGAAAUUCUGAACCAGCUCACGCCUUGUUCGACUUCAGAUUCUUCGCCCGUCGUUGCUAAUGACGUCGUUGCUAAAGACAAUCAAAUCAAAUAUAGAAGCUCGAGAUUGCAUGAAAUCUUGACCCUCCAUUGGCGAUUUUGGAUCAUCAUUUUUAGAACCAGGCAGCUGCUUUUGACCAACACUUUGGAGGCGCUCAUCGUUGGAAUUGUUUUAGGUACAAUUUACAUAAACAUCGGAAUGGACAAGGCAGGGAUAGAGAAAAGAUUCGGUCUUUUCGCCUUCACACUAACAUUCCUACUCUCUUCCACAACCGAAACUCUCCCCAUUUUCCUCAACGAACGCCCAAUUCUCCUCCGUGAAACCUCCGCCGGCGUCUACCGUCUCUCCUCCUACAUAAUCGCCAACACCCUCGUUUUCCUUCCCUAUCUCCUCGCCAUCGCCGUCAUCUACUCUGUCUCCGUCUACUUCCUCGUUGGGCUAUGCGCCACGUGGCAGGCCUUCUCCUACUUCGUCCUCGUGAUUUGGGUCAUCAUUCUGAUGGCCAAUUCGUUUGUCUUGUUCUUGAGCUCCCUCGCUCCGAAUUUCAUCGCCGGGACGUCACUGGUUACCGUUCUCCUCGCCGCGUUUUUCCUUUUCUCCGGCUACUUUAUAUCCCAGGAGAGCUUGCCCAAGUUCUGGGUGUUUAUGAACUUCAUGUCCAUGUACAAGUACGCUCUGGACGCCUUGCUUAUAAACGAAUAUUCCUGCUUGGUUUCCAGAUGCUUCAUUUGGUUUGAGGAGGAUCGAAAGGAGUGUUUGGUUACCGGUGGAGAUGUGUUGGUGAAGAGAGGGCUUGAUGAGAAUCAACGGUGGAGGAACGUUUAUGCUUUGGUCGCGUUUUUUGUGUUUUAUCGCCUUCUUUGCUUGCUUGUUUUGAUUCGAAGGGUUUCUACAUCUAAGAAAUAAUAAUAAUAAUAAUAAUAA